AUGCGAGCCCUCUAUGGCCUCCGACGGUCCCCUCUUCUUUGGCAGAAGGAACUCACUGCUGCAUUCAGAGAGCUUGGUCUUACACAGUGUCCCGACGAACCCUGCAUCUUCCAGAACGACUGGCUCACUGUUUUCUUCUUCGUUGACGAUAUUGUUUUCCUCUAUCGCAAGGAAAACGAGGACGCAGCUGAUGAGAUGGUUGCAGCCCUCAAGAGGAAUCCGUUUGCACAUUUCCCACAGAAACUUCUAGGAGGCAUCAUCAACGCAUCAGUGGCUUCCAGAUGA